CUUCACGGUAUUAUUUAUCAAUACCACGUUAGCAGAGGCAUAUAUUAAUGAAUACCACCUGGUAUUAUUUUAAUACUGGAUUUCUAAGAGUGUAUGAUUGUAACCCUAUUUCUAAGAGUGCAAUCGAUUUCACAAGUUUUGUUAACACAAAAAAUAGCUCGUAACCAUGGUUCCACAGUGUAAAACAUUAACAAAAACUAAUUUUAAGGUUCCACAGUGUAAAACAUUAACAAAAACUAAUUUUAAGGUUCCACAGUGUAAAACAUUAACAAAAACUAAUUUUAAGGUUCCACAGAUGAAACAAGUUCGUUUGGGAAUGGAAGACGGGGAGGAGAGCCAACGGCAGGGCAGAAUUAAUCCACUUGCGCAUCCUACCGGUCAACUUGCGCCGAAAGAAGACGCGCUGUUAACGAUCCUUCAGCGAUACCCGAUUAUGUGGCAGGGUUUGUUAGCCGUCAAGAACCACACUGCCGCAAGUCAAAUGCACUUUUUAUCCGGCGACCAGGACCUUGUUCGGGAAGCCUUAGCUCCAAAUCCUGACGGGACAAUUCCCCCGUUAAAAAUUUCCAAGAGGAUGCGCCUCGAGGAAGCGCACUUGAUGGAAGUCGCAGGAAUGAUGCAGAUGCCGCGUGAACACAGCGUCCUUCUAGCGUUGCCGUGUGGUCGCGACCGUGACGAUGUUCUCCGACAGAGCGGCAAGCUCAGAUAUCAAUUUAUUACCUACUUCCACUCAAAGGAUGCGGCUGGAGUUGCAAAUAUUCUGUGACCAUUGACCGGCCAAACAAGAUUCGUUAUUCACCUGAUCCCAGCUGAUUGCGGUUUCGUGCGAGAGUUCUUGAGAACAAAGGCUCCUGACCUGCUUCAAGCGGUGGAAGAAAUUCCGUACCUGAUGGUUGUCAUUGCGACUGCUUAAGAGAACCCACAAACAGUUUGCGGCUAAAUAGCCGGCCUAUUUCUUGCUAGUUAUGUACAGACGUCGGAUAUGAAUGACCGAUAAAACCUCAAAAUAUGAAUGAAAAAUUACCAUAAAAAUCCCCAAAAUAUGAAUGAAAAAUUACCAUAAAA